AAUGCCCUCCCCCUGCUCGAGAGAUAUACACCGUUUAGCCGAGAGAGACAAGAAGCUGCAGCGUGAUCUCCCAAACUUAAAAAGAAAAGGCAGAACGCCGCCGUCAUGACCUCCCGUCAUUCCCGCUUCUUCGUGACACCAAUCGAGGCGGGGAACACGUUCCAACGGCGCUACCAUUACCUUGACAUCUCACCACCUGCAGGUGUGCCCCAAAAAGCCACCUUCCUGCUCUUGCAUGGCUUCCCAGACUGCCAUGCCAGCUGGUCACGCAUCACAGCUCCAUUGAGCAUGUCCGGCUUCCGGCUGAUCGUCCCGGAUUGCCUCGGCUGCGGCCUAUCCAGCAAGCCUGCGUACCCCGAUCGCAUCGCCGAGUACGGCCUGAAGAGCAUGGUCGAGGACCUGUGCGACUUGCUCGACCAUGCUCGCGCAGGUGAAGGUGCACUCUAUGGUGCUGAAACGAUCCGCCUCGCAGGUUCAGGCAAAGGUGGCCGAAUCGUCGUCAUCGGCCAUGACUGGGGCGGAGCGCUUGCGUGGGCUUUUGCUCAGUACCAUCCAGAGAGACUGCUUGGCGUCAGCAGCCUCGCGGUGCCAUACUCUGCUCCUUCGGGAAAAUAUGCGAGUAUCGAAGAAAUCAUAAAGCGCGUGCCGAACUUUGGCUACCAGCAGUUCUUCAGCUCGCCACGGUCGACACCGAUCGUCGAGAAGCAUCUCGAGCGCUUCCUGCGUCUGGUAUUUUCCGCACCCGGCCUCUUCAGCUCGAGCACCAGUCACAACGACCCGCAUGCGCCCAUUGCGAACACAGAAUGGGUGACCGUCGGCAAGCUCGAGCGUCAGCUCACUGGCGGCGGGGAUCCGCCUACAACGGGUGGAAAACUACUGUCGGACGAGGAGUUCGAAGGAAGAAUGUGCGUCUUCCGCAGCGGCGGCAUGGAGGGUCCUCUCAACUGGUAUAGAACGACGAAAAUCAACGCAGAGACGGAGGCAGGUCUGAUAUCCAAAGGUCUACCCGCAACCCUUCCCGCACUCUUUCUUCAGCCUGACAUGGACGCCGCGUUGCCGACAUGGAUGGCCAAAUCGGGCGCGAAGCUCGUCCCUUCGCUUCGGACGGUCGCAGUCAGGAACUGCGGUCACUGGGUGCAACUCGAGUGCCCUUCAACUACGGAGCUCGAGAUUCGCAGGUGGUUCGACGAAAAGGUCGUCAAGCAGGCCGAGGCAUUGCAAGGCGUGGUCGGCUGGAUCAAGAGCAAACUGUGAAACACAGAAGCGGAGCGAAGCAUGUACUGUCUUCUUUUUGUAGGGUACACCUGUAUUCGAAGAGUAAAAUCUAUGGACACGUUGGGCG